AUGGCAAGCUUUGGCUAUGCUCCCGAGCCUUUUAUCUUACUGUGUCUAUUGGUCCAGUCAUUUGUUGUACUUGCUCUUGCUUUCCUUGUGUCAUUCUGGCCUUUCUUUCGAAAACUUAUUUACAAGUCACCUCUGCGGCAUCUCCCUGGUCCCCCAAGAGCCUCAUUCACUAAAGGGAACUUAGGACAGUUGUUUGAUCAGCAGGGAUGGUCGUUCCAUAGAGACAUUGUUCGACAUUACGGUGGUGUUGUAAAGAUUCAUGGUCUUUGUGGGGAUGAACAAAUCUACGUAUCGGAUCCAAAAGCGCUUAAUCAUGUUAUCAAUAAGGAUCAAGACAUAUAUGAAGAAACUGAGUUCUUUACGAAGACCAAUCUCGUCUGCUUUGGCCCUGGAAUUGUCGCAGUUGUCGGCGAGCAACACCGUAAGCAGCGCAAGCUGAUGAGCCCGGUGUUUAAUGUUCACAACCUCCGUGGCCUUACUCCAAUUUUUCAUCGCGUCUCACAUGAGCUCGUUGAUGUUUUGAAGAGCCGAUUUGAUUAUCAUGGCCCAAGUACGCUCGAGAUUGAAAUGUUUUACUGGCUGAAGCGUACAGCUCUUGAAAUCGUUGGCCAAGCUGGGCUGGGAUACUCGUUCGGGCCUCUCGGUGACGAAUCAAUAAAUGAAUACAGUGACUCCGUCAAGAACUUCUCACCGACUCUGUUCCGGCUUUCUAUACUUCGGCAGUUUCUGCCGUUCUUCAGUGGCCUAGGACCUGCAUGGUUGCGCCGCAUCGUAGUGCGAAGUCUCCCGAUCAAACGGAUACAACGCCUGCGUGAGAUAGUUGAAGUCAUGGACAAAACAGCACGUCUUGUGUAUGCGGAAAAGUGUACACGCCUGAAAGCCGGAGACGUGGCGGUCCAGGCACAAAUUCAUGAGAGACGAGAUAUGAUGAGUGUUUUACUCAGAGAAAAUAUGUUGUCUUCCGAAGAAGACAAAUUGAACGACGAAGAAUUUCUUGGUCAAAUGUCGAUACUUAUAUUCGCUGGGCAGGAUACGACCGCAGCCGCAUUCGCACGCAUUCUACAAACACUCGCCGAGCAUCCAGAAGAGCAGGUUCGGCUCCGCAAUGAGCUAAAAGAAGCGAAUGCACUUGAGGGGGGAGAUCUCGACUACGAUUCUCUUCACGCACUCCCAUUCUUAGAUGCAGUUUGCCGUGAAACCCUGAGAUUGUACCCACCAGUGUUCAUGCUUCAUCGAACUACAACAAGGGACGCUAUCUUGCCGCUCUCCGUUCCGAUACAAUCAGCUGACCAGAAGUCGACCAUUGCUGCCGUUACACUCCUGCGCAAUACGAACGUAAUCAUCGCAAUAGAAGCCGCGAACCGAAGGCCAGAUAUCUGGGGCCCGGAUGCGACUGAGUGGAGACCCGAACGCUGGAUGGGAGAUAGAAGUCGUGAUGGACAAGGAGAGCGGGACAAGUGCUCUGAGGAAGGACAAACGGAGGGAAGGCUACCUGGUGUCUAUUCUGGGCUAAUGACGU